ACUCCAUCCUACAGCCAGUAACAACCUCAAACAGGAAACACUCUCCCCCCUCUCCACAGGGUCCAGACAUAAGCAAAAGCCCAAGACACACAGAGGUAGCUAAAGGCUACCUGCCUCACCAUGCCGCCUAAACUUUCCAAAAGUGCCAAACAAGCCCUGAUCGUCUCACAUCUGCGGGCCACGGGGACGUGCCACACCCUGAAGGAUCUCGAGAAGAUGAUCCCAUCGGUGGCCUCGAUCAAUGGGAUGCAAGUGAAGGAAUACAUUCAGGAAUUGACGGAUGAGGGACGGAUCCGGGUCGAGAAGAUCGGCAGUGGAAAUUGGUAUUGGUGUUUUGGGGGUGAGGAGAAGAAAGAGCGGGAGGAGCGUGUUCGGAGGUUACGGAGGGAGGUAGAUCGGGUCCGAGAGAAUUGGGAAGGUGCGGAGGCUAGAUUGUCUGCGCGAAAGCAGGCGAGGAUGCAGGAGGAGGCAGAAGGGGAGCAUGGGAAUGGGGGUGGUGAGGACGAGCGCCGGAGAUUGAUGGAGCAGAAGGCAGUGCUCGAGCGGGAGACACAUCAACUGCAGGGGGAGUGGAUGGCGUUGGCGACGAGUUCGGAGGGGAAAAGCUUACCGCAGAUUAAAGAGGAAACGGAAGAGUAUCGGCGUCUGGCGCAUCAGUGGACGGAUAACAUCUACAUCUUGGAAGGGUAUGUGGAUAAAGUGACCGGAGGGGAUCGGGAAGUGUUGCGGACAGUGCAACGGGAAUGUUAUGGGGAAGAAUACGUGGAGGGGGAAGGAUUGCGUGAGCUAGAGAUGGAGAUGGAGACGGAGUCCUGAUCACUAAUUGAUGAAUAGGAUGUGGUUGAUGCUUAUGAAUUACGGUGGCGGUGGUGGUGGUAAGUAGUUGUUGUUAUUAAGAUGGGCCGUCAUGAAUCCAUCAAAUCCAUCUGUCGGGAAGUUUGUCAGCGGCUUCUCAUCACUAGUUAACUAGUAGUUAGCCAACUAACUAGUCGUCAAGUUAACUUGGUCCAGUUGAGAGGGACUAACUCACUAGUUCAGUUUGAUUCGAGUGGAUGAGCCACGAGUGGUGGUCAAUGUGACUAGUCAAGGACAGGAAAAUGGGAGAAUAAUAAUACUAAUCAUCAUCCUCA